AUGGAAGACGAAGAGAAUCUUAGAGAUGCUGUCAACUUGCAGGUCCUGAAAUUCCAUUAUCCCACGAUCGCUAGCACAGUUGACAUUGCUUCUCAUGUUGCUGUUUAUCAAUUCGAUAUUCCUUCUCAGCAAUGGAUAAAAACUGCCAUUGAAGGUACCUUUUUCCUUGUUAAAGACCAAUCUGGAAGGAUUGGCUAUGUGAUACUUAACAGGAAUUCACCUGAAAACUUAUACUUAUUUAUUGAGAAUUCUCAAAAUGUUCACUUGGUUGACCGUUAUUUAAUUCACAAAUUACAGGACCGUCAAGUUGUUGGACUAUGGAUGUUUGACCCGAAUGACAUGAACCGUAUAUAUAACAGACUGUAUCAUCAUAAGUUUUAA